CGACGAGUUGUUUGUAAUAGUGGGCUGCUGUUCGGUUGUUUGACAUUGUCAGUGAGUAAUUUGUGUACAGUAUAAACAUUUAUUAAUUUUUCGAUUAAAUAAUUCUUUUUUUUGUGUUUAAAAUCCUUUAAAAUGAAUAAGGCUUCUGAUAAAGUGUUUCCUCGCAAAGAUAGUAUUAUGAGAAUAAGCAAAAAUGAACCUGGACGGAAGGAUGCACCCCGUCCACGUAGUAGAAGUGUAUUUACCAGUUCCAAUUCAGCGAAUGACGAAGCCGCGGCUAAUAGAGAUAUGAUGAAACUGGAGGGCACUCUUAGUUGGCUUACAUACAUCCCUAAGCCUAUCACAGUGAAAAAUUACAUGACCGAAGACUUUAACAAUUACUAUGGGUACGAUUCAUACCAAGUGAGCGGUACAGUCAUUUCCCCACACGGAGUGAUCACUCUUCACCUAAACGAACAAAUUCGAGUAGACAUCUCACUCGAUCGAGCAGUAAGAGUGACCAACGCGAAAAAUGGAAUCGUUUUGGUCCUGAGUUCGUCUGGAUCUUAUUCGGGUCUGAUCCACCCUAACGGCAGGGUGUACCAAGACGGAUCCCGGGUGGAAAUCAUGGCUAUCGACAGUCAAGGAAACGACAAAUUCGCCAAAAUGUGGUUUAAAGGGGUGAGCUUUAGCAGCAUGCAAUCCGCCUUGGUUUAUUUGGUUGAUUCGGCCGGCACCAGGACCACCACAGACUCUUUUGAUGACUUAUCGCAGAUCGAUUUUACUCUGGAUAUUUUUAAGAAAGAUUCUCAAUAUUUGGGUCAAAAACCUUGUCCUACCACCACUACGCAGUUGGUGCACGAGGCUGUGGGGUUCUUGCAAACGACCACCUAUUGGUACACCGACGACUGUACUCAAAAUUGGAUUAUUAAUAAUGUGAGGAUUUCUCAGACUGCUGACGGUCUUGUCCGGGUGGGUCGUAACAGCAACAAAUUCUCCCUAAGGACGUCUCCGACCAAUGGAUCGGCCUCGAUUUCAUCUCCAUACAUUCACUGCACUGGUUCGAUGGGACAGACGCGCCAUCUGUUUGUGCGCAGGGGUGAACGGCGCAUGCACUAUGACGGUACCACGUUUAUUGUGCGCAACGCAGGACACUCGGCGGGUUUCAACGAGAAGCACGAGUUGAAAGUUUACUGACGAAGUAAAGUGCUCGAAACGUUUGUUGUGUUGAAUGAACAGUAAGGAGGCGCGGGUUUUUUUUACAUAAUGUGUUAUUUUCAGUUUAUCACUCUUAUUUUUUGUGAGUGUGAUUCAUUGCAUCGUAAAUUGUUUGUUGAUAUGACUGAAUGUUUUUUUAUAGAAGCAAUGAUGUCCUAUAAUGUUUUCUAACAAUAAAGUGAAGUUUCUGCAAUCACAAA